AUGGGAAAGUCUAAGAAUGCAAAUCGGCCACUGACACAAGAAGAGAUCUGGGAUGAUUCUGCGCUGGUCCAGAGUUGGGAUGAAGCUGUCGAGGAAUACAAACUCUAUCACAGCAUCCAGGCAAGAGGAGAGAAUGUAGAUGAUGUACUGAGAGAGGCAGAGGCUGAAGCGGGCUCUCAGGAUGUCUUACCGGCGCAAGAAUCGGAUGGAGCGGUUGAUAGCAUGGAUCAUGACGCCGAACCGCCGUCUGUAGUUGAUGCAACUCCUGCUGAAGCAAAAGUCACUGUCGGUUCUCAACAGGCCCCUACUCUUCAGACCUCGAAGACAACAGGGCAGACAUCCGCAGCUGCAAAUCCAACAAUUGCGCCCACUGGCCAAGGCUUCACUCCUGCAGGAGCAGUGCCUCCGCCUCAUGCUGCUCUAGCACAAGUGCAAGAUGAAGGCUUGAAGAAUCUCAUGAUGGCCUGGUAUUAUGCUGGAUACUAUACCGGUCUCUAUGAAGGGCAGCAGCGAGCAAAUCAAAAUCAAGGUUCCUGA